AAAAUGGAGCAAAUAAUUAGGAACCUUCUAGUGGCCGACAACGAUUUAAUACAGCAAGCAUCGGCCGACUUAAAGGAAGCGUUCAAGAAGCCGGAAACGAUUCCCCAGCUGUGUGAAAUAUGUGUCACUAAUAGUGAUCCCCAGGUACGGCAGUACGCUGCCAUGCUGCUAAAAAAGCAUCUCGGGAAGUUGCGUGCGUGGCGCGAAGUGCCGGUCGAAACGCAAACCCUGAUCAAGAAGGGCAUGCUGGAAGCGAUUGUGAACGAAUCGGAAAAGUCGGUCCGAAAUGCAAUUACCGGUUUCGUUGGGGUGCUCGUAAAACACGAGGCCGAAAGAGAGGACGGUUGGAUGGGGGAGGUGUUGAAAUUCAUGUUCGAAAGCACUAGCUCGAGUGAUCCGAAGCUGAGCGAGCUUGGUUCGUCAGUAUUUGCCACACUGACCGAUGUUGCACCGGACCAAUUUAUGCCCCAUAUCGAGAUGGUGUGUCAGCUGUUCUCGUCCGCGCUGAUGGCGACGGAAGCGGGCGGUAAUAUGGCUACGCCAGUAAUCUACAACAUCCUUCUCGGCAUGUCUCAUCUCGUACCCUUCAUACCGGGCCGGCAGGAAGUGGAACAGACCUACCAAGACUCAAUACCGUACGUGCUGAAAGCGUUGGGAGCAUUUGCCAUGCAAGAUUCGUUCAAGUUCAUCGAAGCGUUCGAUAUAUUGGAAAAUUUGGCCGACGAAUCGUCGCGCACACUUUCCCCGCACAUGAAGCUACUGAUCGAUUUCUGUCUACAGCUGGCCGGCAAUACCCAGUUGGACGAUUCUGUGCGCGUAAAAACGAUCACCUUCAUUGGAUGGUUGGUGCGGUUGAAGAAAAAAAUGAUCAUCAAACAGAAGCUGGUGGAACCGAUCGUGAAUGCACUGUUUGCACUGAUGAGCGUGGCGCCGGAAGUGGAGGAUGAGGAUGAAGAGUACUUUGGUAGCAACGAGGUGUCGACACCCAGCACCUGUGCUACCCAGUCGCUCGAUGUGCUCGCGUUGCACAUUCCACCGAAACAGCUAUUCCCACCGCUGAUGGCAUUGCUCGAACCGGCCCUAGCCGGAGUUGAUCCACUGCCCAAGAAAGCGGCCUACCUUUCGAUCGCGGUCAUCGCUGAGGGAUGCUCGGAGCACAUCUGUAGCAAAUAUCUGCGCGUACUGGUGGAUGUUAUCAAGCGUGGCAUUACCGAUGAGAACGUGAUGAUACGCAAUGCGGCACUGUUUGCGCUCGGCCAAUUCUCUGAACAUUUGCAGCCGGAAAUUUCUCAGCAUGCGGAUGAAAUUUUGCCCAUUUUGUUCGAGUUUUUGCAGCAGCUGUGCUUGCAGAUUCGCUCCGGUGGGAAGGAACCGCCCCAUAUCGAUCGUGUGUUUUACGCCCUCGAGACAACGUGCGAGAAUCUCGAGGAACAGGUAACACCGUACCUUCCGAUGCUGAUGGAACGGUUGUUUGAAUCGCUGGAUUCUCGCAACAGCGUGCAUUUGCGUGAGCUGUCGCUGACAACGAUCGGUGCAACGGCCAGUGCAGCCAAAGAGCACAUGCUGCCGUACUUUCCACGGCUGAUCGAUUGUUUGAAGGUGUACUUGGUGAAGACGGACGACGAAGACAUCUGUACGCUGCGUCCGCAAGCGAUCGAUACAUUCGCGGCGCUGGUGCGAACGAUCGGGCGCGAUAAUUUCUUACCGCUGGCGGUAGACACACUCAACAUGGGCCUCACAAUGAUGGACGAAUCGAAUGAUCCCGAUCUGCGCCGCAGCUGUUACAAUCUGUUCGCCUCGAUGGCAUCGUCCGUGAAGGAGGAUAUGGCUGGAUCGUUGAAUAAGAUCGUCGAAACGAUGCUGGAGAGCGUGCGCAGUUCGGAGGGUAUUGUGCCAACGUUCAAAGAUGGUGGUGCUGGCGAUGAUAUGCCCAUCCUGCCAAACGGUGCUGUUGGUGGUGCGAACGGUUCCGGUGACGGAGACGACGAGGACGACGAGUUCGACAUUGAAAACUCGAUCGAAGAUGAGGAGGAGGACGAAGAAGAUAUCGCCGGGUAUAGUAUCGAGAAUGCGUACAUGGACGAAAAGGAGGAAGCGAUCCUAGCGCUGAUGGAGUUUGCCGAACACACAGGAUCUGCCUUUGCGCCCUUCAUUCAGACGGCGUUUGAAGAAAUUUACAAACUGCUAAACCAUCCGAACGAGGACAUCCGGAAAGCGUCAAUCGAUGCGGUAAAACAGUUUGUGGUGGCAUUGCAUCAGCUGGGCAACAUGGAAGGUGUGAAUCAAACAAUCCUCAUUUUGAUACCGAAGCUGAGCGAAAUUAUCCGCACGGACGAAGAGCGGACCGUGGUCAUGUCGGCGUUGGAUGGAUUUAGCGAUAUUCUGCAGGAGGUAGGAGCGGCUACGUUCCAGGCCGAUGGGCAGAAGGAUGCCGUGUUCAACUGUAUUGUGGAUGUGCUGAAUGGUAAGGUCGCCUGCCAGUUUGAUGAGCCGGUCGACGAGGAGCAGGAAGAGAGCGAGUACGAUGAGGCGAUCCUCGAGUCGGCGGGUGAUAUUCUACCCAAGUUUGGACGCGCCCUGCCGGCGGAAGAGUUUGCCGUAUACUUUGGACGGGUGUGGCCGUACUUUAUACAGAAAAUUGAAAAGUCUAAACAAAAGGACGAAACAACCGACUCGCAGCGUGCCUUCGCGAUCGGAGUGCUGGCUGAGUGUUUCGAGGGUCUGAAAGAGUAUACGCGCAACUGGAUCGAUUCGCUGCUGCCGAUUUUCCUGUCGUGUGUACAGGACCGUAACAACGCAGUUCGUAGCAAUACGGUUUACGGGCUGGGAGAGAUGGUGAUGCAUGGAAAGGAAUGCACCUUCGGUCACUAUCCACAAAUAAUGGCAGCUCUCUCGCAGCUCGUAUCCAAAGAACAGCAUGCCGGCACGCUAGACAAUCUGUGCGGUGCGUUGGCUCGACUCAUUAUAACCAAUUCCAGUCUGGUCCCGAUGAAAAGCGUAUUUCCCGUGUUUGUAGAGUAUCUUCCGUUGCGGGAAGAUUUCACCGAAAAUUUAACCGUGUUCCAGUGCCUUGACCUACUGUACCGACAGGGCGACGAAAAUCUGUUGCCAGUGUUGUCCCGUGUUGUGAUUGCUGGUUUGCAGGUGCUGUACAAGAAGGAACACGAUACGGAUGAAUGCCGCGAGCUGGUGUACAAUCUGGUCAAGCAAAUCCGCAACGACUUCCCGGACAAAUUUAGCGAAGCAGUUCACAGUAGCAACGAAGCUUUGCAGCACGUGCAAUCGCUAUCUUUCAAGUAGAAAUUAGCGAAACCGCACUUUAUGCGCAAACUGUUUGCAACCUACAUCAAUCCAUAUCUCCUACACAGUACAUGCAUGAAACGGGAUAGUAA